AUGCGCAGUCUCCCGGAACCCACCUAUGACUAUAUCAUUGUCGGAGGUGGUACAAGUGGCUUGGUAGUCGCAAACCGUCUUUCAGAGGACAGAAACACCAAUGUUCUCGUUAUCGAAGCUGGAGGCUCAGUGUAUAAUAACCCCAACGUGACCGAUACGACUGGAUACGGAAAAGCAUUCGGUACCGAUAUUGACUGGGCCUACCAGACUGUGGACCAGGAAUAUGCCGGGAACUACUCGCAGACUGUUCGAGCCGGCAAGGCGCUUGGAGGAACAUCUACCAUCAAUGGCAUGGUGUAUCUCCGGGCCCAAAAUGCUCAGAUUGAUGCUUGGGAGACGGUGGGUAAUGAGGGUUGGAACUGGAAGAACCUGAUCCCCUAUUACCGCAAGGGUGAGCAAUUCCAAGGCGACGACUUCUCAUGGCUGGAAGGUUCCGGCGUUGCAUAUGAUCCUGCCUACCACGGUUUUGACGGACCUUUGAAGGUUGGCUGGUCCGAGUCGCAGUUGAACGAUGGACUUGCACAGAAGUUGAACACGACUUAUCAGAACAUGCCCGUUCCUGUGCCAUACAACAUUGACCCCAACGGCGGCCAAAUGAUCGGAUACACUCUUUAUCCUAAGACGGUUGAUUCGAAGUUGAACAUCCGUGAGGACGCUGCUCGCGCGUACUACUACCCUUACAAGUCUCGGACCAACCUUCACGUGUGGCUCAAUACGAAUGCCAACAAGAUCACUUGGAAGGCUGGCGAUGAUGCCACCGCUGAUGGCGUCGAAGUUACCCUGGCGAAUGGCACUACCACUGUUGUCAAGGCUUCCCGUGAAGUCAUUCUCGCUGCGGGUGCAUUGAAGUCCCCUGCUUUGCUUGAGCUAUCUGGCGUCGGAAACCCAGAAGUUCUCUCCAAGUAUGGUAUUGACACCAAGGUCAACCUCCCAACAGUUGGAGAGAACCUCCAAGAUCAAAUGAACAACGGCCUAGCGUACGACGCCAAAUCAAACUACUCUGGGGUUGCAGACUACGUCGCAUACCCUUCCGCGAGUCAGCUUUUCUCCAAUGCUACGGCCGUAGGUGCCAAACUCCUCAGAAAGCUCCCCGCCUAUGCUACCCAGGUGGCAUCCGCCAACGGAAACGUCACAAAGGCUGCCGACAUCGAGCGCUUCUUCAAGAUCCAGUGGGACUUGAUCUUCAAGUCGCACAUUCCUGUCGCCGAAAUCCUGCUUGAGCCAUCUGGAACCACCCUAGACACCGAAUACUGGGGUUCCGUCCCAUUCUCCCGUGGAAAUGUACACAUCUCAUCCGCCGACCCGACCGCCACGGCCGCUAUCGACCCGAAGUACUUCAUGCUCGACUUUGAUCUCCAGGCCCAGGUCCAGGCUGCCCGCUUCAUCCGUCAGUUGUUCAACACCGAGCCGUUCGCUGCUAUGGCUGGUGCUGAAACUAAACCUGGUCUUUCCACUGUUUCUGCAACGGCUGAUGACCAGGGAUGGUCGCCUUUCAUCAAGAACAACUUCCGUUCGAACUUCCACCCCAUCAGCACGGCCGCAAUGAUGCCGAAGGAAAUCGGCGGUGUCGUUGACACCUCGCUGAAGGUCUACGGCACCUCAAAUAUCCGCGUCGUGGAUGCUUCCGUCAUCCCCUUCCAAGUUUGUGGACACCUACAGAGCACAGUGUACGCUGUCGCUGAGCGAGCGGCCGAUAUUAUCAAGGGCCGGAUCUAG